AUGGCAGAAUCAUUUUCUGCUGCCUUUGACCUGCUCUGGUAUCUAGAGAAACUUAGUGAUGAGGAAUUUCAUAGUUUUAAGAGUCAUCUAGAACAAGAGAUCCAGCAGUUUGGACUGCCACAGAUUCCAUUGACUGACCUAGAGGUGAGCAAGGAAGUUCUGGUCAACACAUUGAGGAGCUCCUAUGAGGAACAGCACACUUGGAAUAUGACAUUCAGCAUACUUCAAAAGCUUGGUCAUAAAGAUCUCUGUGAGAAGAUCACCAUCAGACAAAACCGUAACAAAGAAAUGCACAAAUGUCUCAUGAGGACAAAAUUCCUAAGCCAGUGGGAAACAUGCCGUUUUUCAGAAAUUCAUUACUCAUUCUUUUCUGAAGUUACUUGUGACAUUUUCUACAUACUUGAAUCAUCAUAUGAUUCUUCAACAUCUUCCAAAGAGAAUCUUAAUGUGUUCCUCGUGGGAGACAGAGCCACUGGGAAAUCUAUGAUCACAAAAAUGGCAGUGACAAAAUGGACAGUGGGUGAGAUGUGGAAGGACACCAUCUCAUACAUUGUUCACAUCACAUCUCACAAAAUAAAUGAGAUGACUAAUGGCAGCUUGGUUGGGCUGAUCUCCAAGGACUGGCCCAAGGACCAGGCUCCAAUUGCUGACAUCCUGUCUGAUCCCCGAAAGGUCCUUUUUAUCUUGGAGGACCUGGAUAACAUGAACGUUGACCUGAACGUGGACGAAUCUGCUUUAUGCAGUGACAGCAGACGGAAGGUGCCGGUGUCUGUUCUCCUGGUCAGUUUGCUGAAGAGAAAAAUGGUUCCAGGUUGCUGGGUUCUGGUCUCCUCACGGCCCAGUUGUGAGCCUUCCAUAAAAGCCUUGAUGAAUGAGAGAGAUUGCUAUGUGACCCUGCAGCUCUCUAACGAAAAGAAGCAGCACUAUUUUCACUUAUUCUUUAACAACCAAGAGAGGGCCGUGUUAACCUUCAAGUUCGUACUUAUGAGUGAAAUUCUUGUGGAUCUGUGCGAGGUCCCACUCUUGUCUUGGAUCCUGUGCACUGUCCUGAAUCAGCAGAUAAACCAGGGGGAAGAUAUCGGAUUCUCCUGCGAGACACCCACGGAUAUAUAUACCCAUUAUCUCGCCAGCGUGUUGGCAUCUGACCCUGAAGUUACUGCCCGUCAGCAUCACCUCAUUCUCCUGAAUCGUCUGUGUUUACUGGCUUUAGAAGGGCUGUCUCACAACACCCUCCGUUUCAGCAGAAAUGACCUUGUAAGUGUUGGGUUCACCAGUGAUGAUGUCUCUGUGUUACAGGCCAUGAAUAUUCUCUUGCGGAGCAGCAACCACCAGGUCCGUUUCGAGUUCAUACACUUGAACAUCCAGGAGUUUUGUGCCGCCCUCGCGAGCCUGAUGGUGUUACCCCGUCGCUGGAUCCCCUCAGCCAGGAGGAGAAAGAAAGAGAAAAGAGAGUUAUAUGACAAUUUUAGCCCAGUAGUUACUUCCAUUUUUGGCCUUCUUAAUGAGAAAAGGAGAAAAAUUCUUGAGACAUCUUUGGGUUGUCAACUCCCCAUGGUGGAAUCUCUCAGGCAGAACUUGCUCAUGCAAAUGAAAUAUUUAGGGAACAAUCCGAACCUAAUGGAACACCACAUGCCUUUGUUUUAUUGUUUCUUGGAGAAUCUGGAGGAAGAAUUUGUGAAAGAGAUAAUGAGCUUUUUCUCAGAGGCAACUAUUUUUAUUCAAGACAACAAAGAUUUGAUGGUGUCGUUAUAUUGUCUGCAGCAUUGCCAGCCUUUGCAGAAGCUGAAGUUGAGUGUUCAGCAAGUCUUUCGGUGUGAGACGCCCAUCUCCAUGCUAACUUCUAGUCAAAUACGGGGCCUCACCUUCUGGAUGCAUAUCUGCUCUCUAUUUUACACCAAGGAGAACUUCCGGGAGUUGGAAAUUUGUACCAGUGACUUUAACAGAAUUUCAGAAUUGCUUCUGUGUAAAGCCCUGAGACAUCCUAACUGUCAGCUUCAAACACUCAGGUUGUCCUAUGUUUCUGUCAGCUCUAAUUUCAAUGACUUGUUCAUGUCAAUGGCUUGUAACCAGAACCUGACCUUCCUGAAUGUGAAUUGCAUUCCGAUUUCCCCGAAGAUGUUUUCCCUGCUGUGUGAGGCCCUGAGCAGUCCCACGUGCAACAUACAACACCUGAGCUUGAUGCGCUGUGACUUGCAAGCUAGUGCGUGCCCAGAAAUUGCCUCCAUCCUCAUCAGCAGCAAGAAGCUAAAAAAACUGACCUUAUCCAACAAUCCCCUGAAGAAUGAUGGGGUGAAAAUACUGUGUGAUGCUCUGUUCCACCCAGAAUGUGUCCUUGAGUCACUGGGGUUGUACUUCUGCUGCCUUACAGAACGCUGUGUCGCCUAUAUUGCGAGAGUCCUUAUGUUCAGUACAACUCUGAAACAUCUAGACCUAUCUGUAAAUUGCCUACAAAACCGUGCAGUGUUGGCUUUGACUUUUCCCUUGUCACUCCCAGAAUGUCAUUUACAGGAGCUGGAGCUGACGGGUUGUUUUUUCAACAAUGAAGUCUGCCAUUAUAUCGCCUCUUCUCUUAUUUCCAAUGUGCAUCUGCGGAGGCUGGAACUUGGGUACAAUAAUCUAGGGGAUGCAGGGGUGGAGUCGCUCUGCAAUGCUCUGCAGCAUCAAGACUGUAAGCUUGAGACUGUCGGGCUGGAGGGCUGCAUGUUAACCAGCGCCUGCUGCACGACUCUUGCCUCUGUUUUUAGCAGCAGCAAAACACUGAAAAAGCUCAACCUGAUAGAAAAUAAUCUGGGUGAUGAGGGAAUUAUGAAACUUAUUCAGGGCUUGGGCCACCCAUCAUGUGUACUUGAGUUGCUCGGAAUUGGAGUAAGUGAUUUGAGUGCAGAAACCCAGAGUUUGCUGAUGGCUGUUAGAGAAAAAAAUACCAAGCUGGAAUUUUCAUCUUCAUUUUCCACUAAACUGAGUGAAAAGACUUGUGAGUAUUAUGCGCUUUUGUCGAAGCCCUAA